AUGGAUUGGAACUUCUUAGAAAGAUGGCUGAAUUGCCUCUUCUUCCCUGCUAAGUUUGUUAAUUCGAUUAUGACAUGUUUAAAAGGAACAUCUUAUAAUCUAAUGAUGAAUGGUAGGCUUCAAGGCAAGUUCAAAGACAAAAAAGGGCUCAAACAAGGGGAUCCAAUCUCGCCUCUCUUGUUUGUGUUGGUUAUGGAAUUUCUUACUAGAAGGUUGCUGCAAGAGUCUAAUGAAGGUACAAGUCAGGUUGUUAACCACUUGAAGGUUGCUUUGAAUGAUUUUAGUAAGAAUGAGACAACCAAGAAUGAGAUAUCCAGAUUGAUUGGCCUUGAGGAAGGUAGGGUCCCUCUAAAAUACUUAGGGGUGCCUAUGAGACCUACCAAAUGGAGAAUGGAAGAUUGUGGAGUCAUUGUGGACAAGAUUAAAAAGAGACUGCAUUUGUGGGCUACGAGGCAUCUUUCUUAUGCAGGUAGGCUCCAACUUAUACAUGCUGUAUUACUUGGUUUGAGAAAUUAUUGGAUGAACAUUUUUUCUCUUCCCCAAAGUGUAAUCAAGGAGAUUGAGAAGCACUAUAGAUUGUUUCUCUGGGGUCAGUAUGGGAAUCGAAGUAAAAUUCAUUUAGGCUCUUGGGAGAAGGGAGUUGACAUUUGGACCUACAAGCUUGUCCAGGAUUCUAGUUGA